AGCAGUCUUUGCCUUUACAAAACUUUAAUCUUCUUUCUUUCUUUCUACCACAUUUCAUCCUUGUCUUUUCAACUUUCUUGUCUAUCUCUCAGUGCUUUCUUUCACCCAACAAGAAGAAAUGGCCGAUGCAAUCCUGUAUGGCGUUGCGCAGAAGAUCAUUGAAAGCUUGGCCUCCUCCACUCUCCAACAGGUUGGAUCAAUCUGGGUUUUCAAAGAUGACCUCGAAAAAAUGUCAAACACUGUUUCCACCAUUCAAGCUGUUCUUCAGGAUGCAGAGGACCAGCAGGUCCAUAGCCGUCAAGUCAGGGACUGGCUUACAAAGCUCAGAGAUGCAGUUUUUGAUGCAGAUGACUUGUUGAGCGAGUUCUCCACUCAUGUUUUGCGGCAAAAUGUGAUGGGUGGCGGUAAAAUGACAAAGAAGGUACGCGUUUUCUUUUCUAGCUCAAAUCAACUUGCUUUUGGUUUUAAGAUGGCUCGCAAAAUAAAGGCCAUGAGGGAGAGGCUUAAUGAUAUAGCAAAGGAUAGGAACAAUUUCCAGUUGGUAGAGCGUCCUUUAGGGACAGCAGUUGUGACUAGGAAGAGGGACCAGACUCACUCAUUUGUACGUGAAGAAGACGUUAUCGGGAGGGAGGAGGAUCAGAAGGCCAUCAUAGGUCAAUUGUUGGACUUUGAUGUGGGGGAGAACGUUUCGUUCAUAUCCAUAGUAGGAAUUGGGGGGCUAGGGAAGACCACACUUGUUCAAUAUAUAUACAAUGAUGAGAAGGUCAAGGCUUAUUUUGAGUUGCAGAUGUGGGUGUGUGUCUCCGAUGACUUUGAUGUGAAAACAAUUGCUGAAAAGAUACUUGCAUCGGCAAACCCUAAAAGUCCUAACAACCUUGAAAUGGAUCAAUUGCAAAUUGAACUUCGCAAAAGUCUCAACCAAAAGAAGUACUUACUUGUAUUGGAUGAUGUUUGGAAUGAGGACAAAGAAAUAUGGGGUAAUUUGAAAACACUUUUGUUGGAUGGCUCAAAGGGAAGUAAGGUGGUGAUAACUACACGGAACAAUUUGGUUGCAGAUAUUGCCGGCACAAUGCAGUAUUUUCUAAAAGGUUUGUCAAACGAUCAAUCUUGGUCUUUAUUGAAACAAAUGGCAUUUGAAAAAAAGCAAGAUACUAUCAAUCCUAACUUUGAAGCAAUUGGAAGAGACAUUGUAGCAAAAUGUUGUGGUGUGCCUCUUGCUAUAAAGGCAAUAGGAAGAGUAUUAUACUACAAAAAGACAGAAUCUGAAUGGUCAUAUAUUAAGGAUAAUGAACUCAAAAAUGUAAUUAAGCUAAAGGAUGAUAUUUUCCCUGUUUUAAAAUUGAGUUACGAUCAUCUCCCAUCACAUUUAAAGUGUUGUUUCGCAUAUUGUUCGUUGUUUCCCAAAGAUUAUUUGAUUGAGAAGUUGACAUUGAUACGAUUAUGGAUAGCACAAGGAUUUAUCCAAUCACAAGAAGAGAACUUACGAUUGGAGGAUAUUGCGAAUGAGUACUUCGAGGAUCUAUUGUGGAGGUCCUUCUUCCAAGUAGUAGAAGAAGACAAAGGCAUGUUCAUGAACUUUAAAAUGCAUGACUUAAUCCACGAUCUUGCACAGUUGAUUUCAAGUAUUGAGUGUACAAUGGUUAAUUCUAAUGCAAAACAUGUGAACGAAAAAGUUCGUCAUAUAUCUUUCUCAUUUUAUAAUGAUUCAUUCUUUAGAGAGAAUUUAAACUCGUUGAUCUACACGGCUUAA